AUGAAUGGAACGGAAGGCCAAAAUUUCUAUGUUCCCAUGUCCAACAAGACUGGUGUGGUUCGGAAUCCCUUUGAGUAUCCUCAGUAUUAUUUGGCGGAUCCUUGGCAGUUCUCUGCACUGGCGGCUUACAUGUUUCUUCUGAUUCUCCUGGGAUUCCCUAUCAACUUCCUCACUCUCUUUGUCACCAUCCAGCACAAGAAACUCAGGACACCCUUGAAUUACAUUCUUCUAAAUCUUGCCGUAGCCAAUCUCUUCAUGGUCUUAAUGGGCUUCACCACCACCAUGUACACAUCUAUGAAUGGAUAUUUUAUUUUUGGGACAGUAGGAUGCAACAUUGAAGGCUUCUUUGCCACUCUGGGAGGCGAGAUGGGCCUAUGGUCUCUGGUAGUGUUAGCUGUGGAAAGAUAUGUGGUGAUCUGCAAACCUAUGAGCAACUUCCGUUUUGGUGAGACUCACGCCCUUAUUGGGGUGAGUUGCACUUGGAUCAUGGCCUUGGCCUGUGCUGGUCCUCCUCUCCUUGGAUGGUCGAGGUACAUCCCAGAAGGCAUGCAAUGCUCAUGUGGAGUUGAUUAUUAUACACCAACCCCUGAAGUCCACAACGAGUCCUUUGUCAUCUACAUGUUUUUGGUCCAUUUUGUCACACCAUUGACCAUUAUAUUCUUCUGCUACGGACGCCUCGUCUGUACAGUGAAAGCGGCUGCAGCUCAGCAACAAGAGUCUGCAACCACGCAGAAAGCUGAGAGAGAAGUCACCCGCAUGGUCGUCAUCAUGGUCAUUUCCUUCCUGGUUUGCUGGGUUCCUUAUGCCAGCGUGGCGUUCUACAUCUUCACCCACCAAGGAUCUGACUUUGGCCCUGUCUUUAUGACCAUCCCAGCUUUCUUUGCCAAGAGCUCAGCCAUCUACAAUCCUGUGAUUUACAUCUUAAUGAACAAACAGUUCCGUAACUGUAUGAUCAUGACCCUCUGUUGUGGAAAGAAUCCUUUGGGUGAUGAGGACACGUCUGCCGGCACAAAGACAGAGACGUCCACAGUCUCUACAAGUCAGGUUUCUCCUGCCUGA